AUGCCUGGCAGACACCCCGGCUGCACUCUGGACAGUUUCACCAGACAGCAGCAGAAGCAAGCAAGCGAGCGAGAGAGAGAGAGAGAGAGAGAGAGACUGGGCACUCCAGAGAUCCUUCAGCACAGCAGGAAGUAAGUACCAGGUGGAGUCCGCGGUGCCAGGGUGGGGGACUAGGUCCUGGUGUCAGCUCCGUUACCUGGGCUGCAGACAGCAGAGUCCUGAUGGAACAAUCUGACAGGUGGCUUCCAUUCAAAUAACUAUGGGUCUGCUUGCUACCCUAGUGCAUUCAGACAGUUUGCAAAGGUGUUCUCGGGUACGGAAUGCAAGAGAACAGUCCAACUGUGUAAGCCAAAGCCAGAAUAAAGGGCAAGAAAUAAUUAUCUACACUGACUAAUCAGUACAGAGUGCUCAUUCUAAAAAGUGUCCCUGGUUUUUGUCUGGGCGAUUGAUGUGUGAGGAAUUGCAGUGCAGUGCAGCAGAAAUGUGCAGGAAGAGGCAGGUGUUAAGGGCUAGUGCAAUGUGGAAUUCUAGCAAAGUGUCCAUUGUUUGCCUGCUACUGGUCUAUACUUCUUUCCCACCUCUUUCCAGUUAUGUCUUGUACUGUGUAUGUUCAUGUUGCCACCUCAUAAGUGGCUGUCAGUAUCAGGGGUGAUGAAAUGUGCAGAACACUGAUGUCACAUUGCACAUUAUGUUAUAGUACAUGUCCCCGGGAAGGGAGAAGAAAAAAUACAAAGGGGCAGCUCAGUGUCCCUUGUGUCUAGUUCCACACUACAUUUACUGGCCAAAGUUAUUGGGAAUUUGAGUAAAAACCUCUAUAAAUCCCAGAGGGGUUUUCUCUCUCAUCCAAUACUCACAAUUAAGGUUUCUUUGCAGUUAUCUGAUCCAUGAUGCCCAGUAAGAAUAUGGUAAUAUACAGGUGUAUGUACCAACAGGAGUGAAUGCACCCCCCCCGUGCCCUGUGGUCCCUCUCAAUCUUUGUUUUUCAAAGGAAACUUAUACUUGCCUUCAUAUCCAGCAGUGAUCAGUGGCAGACUUUGGGUUCUCACAUUUCAGCGGCGCCCUGUGCGACGCUAAAGUUCACUCCCCCCACCUCGCACGCUCCGUUCUACAUCAUUAUUGCAGCGCCCCCUGUUGCACGGUGCCCAGAGCGACCAAACCAGUCAUGCUACCCUAAAACCGCCUCUGCAGGGAUCACUUAUUUAUUCCUGUUUCAGGUAGGCUGCAUUCCAUUUUAUUAAAAGUGUCUUGGAAGCUUCCUAUUCAAAUUUUCCAGCACCUGAAAAAACAGCUUCUAAAAAGGAAGAAAAGAAAAGAAAAAGCCCUAGGGGAGUGUGUGUGGCUUUGUGAUGUACAAGGGUCAGUCAAUUAGCAUGGAACACAUCUGGUUUGUGUUGGUUAACCAAUAUACAGUAGCAAAUUUUCUCAUUAGCUCAGUCCUGUCGGGAAGAUUGUGCAUCCAACCAAAACAGGGUCUGUGUUUGCACAGUGUUCUGACUACUCUAAUCAGCUAGGUCUGUGCACUGAACACAUGUAGCUGUCUUAUAUGCUUUCAGACCAUUGGGCCUCUGUAGCCCAAUAUUAUCUACUACAACUGGUAACAUUUUAUUAAGAUCUCAGGCAGAUAUAAUUCCUUGCCCUACUUCCCAAGCUUUAACUGGAGAUCCUGCACAGACAAAAAAACACUUUCACUGAGCUGAGGCCCUCCAAAAUAACAGAGACAAUUCAGAACUACUGCUAUGCUUAUGGUGAUGCCUUUUCCCUGCUUGAACCCACAGCAGCUUCUUGUCCACAGUAAGCAGAUGGCCAGAGUCCUUCAUUGUGAGCGGAAAGUACCAGGCUGCUGUCGACAACACACUCCUGCUGCUACAGUUUGCAGCAGUGUAGAAAACUGACAGCUCCUAUCCUGUGCAUCAGUAAAAAGCACAAAAAAUGUUACCAGACAUGAUGGUUGUAUGAACUGGCCUGCACGCAGUUUUAACUGCUAUGGGGAGAAUGUGUGCUUAAAACAUAGCUGUCAACUUUUCCCUUUUCUUGUGAGGAAUCCUAUUCGGAAUAAGGGAAUUUCCCUUAAAAAAAGGGAAACAUUGACAGCUAUGGCUUAAAAGCCUUCUGUGAUUGUUCUCUGCGUUUAACUGAACCACUAAACAAGGUCUCUGCACAUUCCAACAUUGUUUUUUUAUAAACAACACACAACUAAAUUCCGCGCAAAAAACAAAUUAGUCAACUUCUAUAUAAAAUAAAAUAAAUGUAUGCAGAUCUAUUCUUAUUUUUCAUUAACUUCCUCACCAACAUGGUGAAAGGGGGAAGCUAUGCAAGGCACUGAAUCUCUGAAACCCUGGGAAUCCUGCUCAGCCCUUACCCUUGUUUCUGAAAUUUCACCAGCUAUCUGCAAGCCUACCCAGAACAUUAAGGACUAGACACUUACUAGUCCUUACAGGUGGCAGCAGUGGGGCAGAGGACAAGGUGAUGGUGGUGGGUGCAUGCCAUUUUCUGUUUGCCUCAAAUGUCAAAAUGCUCUUCGCUCAGUGGCAACUUCACAAGCCCUGGUCUAAACUUGCACAGAUAAACAGAAUACCUUUGCCCUUUAGAAAUUACAACAGGAAAGAGGGAUACCUAUUUACUUGUAAUUUUCUUCCUUUGGGCAUAAGCAGUGCUUUAAAUAAAGAAUGUAGUGAGUAUUUCACAAGGAGUUUGAGCUUGUAAAGGAGUUGUUUUCUAAAACCGAUUGUUCUCACCUAGUAAGCUUAGCUCCUCCUGAAUAGUUAUUCCUUAACUGCUAGUAUUUCGUUAGAAUCAAGGAGGAACUAAUGAGAAUGAAGGCAAGGCAGGGUAGCCAAUUUGCAUUGCAAAAAAGAAAGGAAAUCACCAAAAAAGAAUUGCAUAAAAGAUACAUUAAUUUAUAUGUAUUGAUGCAAAUUUAGAAAAUGUUUUCUAUAAUUUCAAAAUACAUCUCCCUGUAUGGAGUGAGGCUGUGGACAGGCGGCCUAUGCACUUGCUCAGUCUGCUCCCAGGCGUUGCUAACCGUUGAUGGGCAGCUUCAAGGCACUUGGUUUUCCUUCUUAUAUUUCUUCAUCUUUAAACCAAAUGGCCAUUCAAACUGCAGAAACACACCUUCAUAUAGAGAGCUGUCCUUCCAAGAAAGAAUUGACCUCUGUAGAGUAGAUCAUAUGGCCAUCCAAAGCAAGGUUUGGAGGUCAGAUUUCAAAGCAGGAGGGGAAGCAAAAAGCACAAACGUGAGAGGAGUUGUCUCCUUCAAAAAUGGAAGAAUGGCCUUAUCUUCUGAAUCUCUCUGACCUUUCUUAGGGUCAGAGACAGACUCUGUUCACUUGCAUGAGUAGAAAAUUCACCAUAGAACUCACAUGCCCUUUAAACAAGGAAGCAGAAUUUCACAGAAAUUGUGGCAAAGCAUCAACAGGCCAGUUGGGUCCACCUUUAUUAGUAGUGGGGUAGCAGCAAGGUUUAUCUGUGGGCUGCACCUAUAGGUAGAGCGAAUGAAGGAGAGGAAGAGGGGACUUAAUGAAAAGUUUUCCUCUUUUGACUAGUGAAAAAUGGUCUCUUUUGCCCUGUGCAAACGAAUGGUACCUGAGUGAAACAGGCCUCAGAUUUGCUUGGUUACCAGGGCAACCGCCUCCCCUUCAACCCUGCUUUGCGUGCAAGGUUUGUCCUGAGAGGCAGAUUGGGUUCCUUGCAAGUGUCCAAGCCCACAUGAUCGAUCACAGCCAAGUGGCAUGCAGCAGCAGCCGCGAAUGGGCAGGCCAAAUAUUUGUUGCUUUGCCUGUAACUGGAGAGUAUUCUGUGAAGUCUUGGUUGGUGUCUCUGCCACUCAUUUGGAAGAGAUACAGCCGCAAUGGGAGAUGAGACUUCCUUCACUUCACACUGAAGCUUAAGGGAGAGGAGAUUUAUAGUUAGUAGCAAUAAAAACACACUGUGCUUUUAUUUACUAUUGUAAAUAAUAAUAAUAAUCCAAUGCUGAGCAAGUGGGGUGUGCGAGGGCUGCAGGGGAGAGGAGGGAAAAGUGCACAGCCCUGUGUUUUUACUUUGGGCUUAAAAUCAUUUGAGGUGGGAAAGCCCACAAACGGCGUUUGUACGGCGUUUUUAUUUUAUUUUUCACACAGUGAUCUAUUUGUGUGAAAUUGUCCCUAUGCGUGAGAGAAACCAGAAGGGUAUCGCAUCAGAGGGGUCAUAAAAUGGAUGUGGUGCCUUUUCAUUUGCUAGGGCUAAUAAAAGCAAGACGCCCUAUGAGCAUGUACUGCUCCCACCACUGAAUAACCAAAACCAGACUCUACACCACUCAUCUAGCUCAUCCAGACUUCUAGGCACCCUUGAGCCUCGAUGUUGCUUAUUUAUUUAUUUAUUUAUUUAUUUAAGCAUCUUUCUCUCUCCCUUUCACAUUUGCCUCUGUUUACUGGGCUUAUCUCUAGGAGCAGACUAGGCAGGAGAGGGGAAAAGGAGAGGGUGGUUGGACCUUGCCAUGCCCUUUCCCUCUGCCUCUAGAAGCUUGGAAACGGAUCUCCAGUGGCUUUAAGAGCGUGUCAAUCCCAUUUAGGCCCAAAUCCGCAUGAACUUUCCUAGCCUGUAAGAGAGGACGCUUGGCAUGGAAUCAGAAGGCAGGCACUCUGGCAGCAGCUAAGCAAAGGGGGCUGCAGGCGACUGUGUCCAUCUUCCGUGGGGCACCAGAAAUGUAAUUUAGAACAUGACAUAGAGCCAGUCUGCUCACCCGCUAGAACUGGACCGCAAAAAGAGUGUGUAGAAAGAAGUCACCAUCAAAGAGAUUUUCCAUUCUGCCUUCCAGCAUUCUAGAGUUCUACACAGUUCUGCAACCGGGACAAUGUUUUAUAAGUGGAAUUAGUUAGGGAGAUUGAUACACUUUAGCUAACGCCUUGCUAAAUUUGGAAUAUGUGCAUAUGGAGUGGGAGAGGGGGAAGGGACUAGAAUCAAAAAUUGUGGCUCAAAGAAUCCCAGGAAUACUACAGAGGCAGUGCAUCCAAUCUGCUGUAGAUGCAACUGUUUCAGCGUGUUUGGCCUGGCCCACUCAUAAUGUAGACUACAUAGAUGGAAACAACAAGCUGUUACAAUACAUCUACAUGCAAGACUUCCCACAGUUGACAUGUUAGGAUUAAGAGGGCAAAGGAUACAGUAUAUGCCCUUUCUAGGGUUAGAGUUGCAUCUACGCAUAUACAGAGUACCUUUGCUUGACUUCCAUCACAGAUGCUGGAUUGGCUCAGCUGAGGGAGCUCUAAUACCUCUCUUUUUUUGGCAGCCCCAGGUGGGGAGGAGCAGUGGAUGUUUGGGGCAAUCGGGGUAGGUAGACAUUGGCUGUGUGGAAAAACCUGCCUGGAGAGGAAGAGCAAACUUGGGCUCCUGUUGUGCAUCUAUCUAUCUGCCAGAGACUCGCCUUGAGUUUCUGUAUUAAAUUUCAUUGAUAAAUAAUUAUAUUAAAUCUAUUAAUUGUGUGCUUAAUUUAUAUACAAUAUAUAUAUAAACAUAUCUGUGUAUAUUAAAUAAUAUAAACUAUAUUGCAAACACUUUAAUUAACAAUAUCGAAAUUUAAUUCAGUGUGUGGCCUGCAGGUUCUGUGCUGAAGUGCUCUUGCAACGUCUUCGUCUGAGAGGCUGGACUGCCCUGAGCUAAGAGCAGACGAAGACCGCAAGGCUCUUAGUCUGCGUACAGAAGGCUAGCUAGUUUAGAUGUACUCUGUGUGGCAAUUCACAGAAACUAGAAUCCAUAUCCAAACACUGCACUGUGAAAAACAAUGGCAGCUGUUUCUUAUGGGAUGAUCACAUGCAUUCCUAUUUAGUGGAUGAGCAUGAUGACACACACAUAUGGUUUUAUUUAUCUGUGUGAAAACUAUAAAUCCUCUCUCUCUCUCUCUCUCUCUCUCACACACACACACACACAAAACAACAACAACAACAACAACAACACAGAAUGAAUUAUAUUAGGAGGUGUUUAUAAGUAACUUGGAUUGACAUUAUUUCCCCUGGUUCUAUAUGCUCCUGUUCUGGCAACUAGUCAGGAGGACUUUAAAAGUCUGGCUGUUUGGCAAGCCUAAAAUUGCUUCCUGGUGUCCUAAAUGAGCAAAGGCAUGGAGCUAGAGGCACAUUUUAAGCUACCAAUAAAGAGGAACGCAUUGCAACUUAAUCCACAUUUACUAUUUUCCCUCAAAACUGCUGAAAUUGGAUUGAGUGGUUGCGCUGUGCAUUCAAACAGAUUGUGUGAUAUGUUGCUGGUCUCAUAACUGCAUAACUACUUCAGCAUCAUAAUAAUAACAGUCCAAAUCCACUCAGCUCACAUGCCUGCCACAUCAAUGUGGAUGUGUGAAUGAAUUUACCUUCAGUUAGGGCUAGAAUGCCUAGUCAAAUAGAUUAAUCCAUCAAAAAGUUUUGACUGAUGAAAAGGUGUCCUGAAUUACUCAGGCAGUAGAUUUUACAAACUUUUUUUUUUUUAAAAAUGUAAGUACUUAAGUGCAGAUGACUUCUUGAAAGAGGUGGCUCCUCCUGUGUGAAAGAGAAGAGGAAGGAUGCCCUUUCAAGAUGAUGUUUUCUGAAUGAAUUCUAAGAUUGACACCACCUUCAACUGAAAGGACUUCUUUCUACUUUUCCUUCUGAGAGGUAAUUCCUUUUGAAAGAAUUCAGCCCAGAAAUAUCAUCUAAGUGGAGAACUAAAGCAUGCUUAAAAAAACCCAACUGGACCCUGGAGACGUGGGAUGGAACUGGGAAUUCAUAAUGUGCAACAUUCAGAUGUGGACGUUGGGGGACAGGGGCAGGGAAGUCAAAUUUUGGAUGAAUUUUGGUUGCCCCAAGGCCAUCUGGACCAAUUCAUACUUUUCAUGGUGUAUAAAGAGUGCCAGGCAUGUGUGUUCUUCUGUUUCAAGGUCACUGAGAGGUUUCCAGGGUAUCUGAACACCCUGGGGAGCUGCGGGGGAAGCAAAGAAAAGCAAAGGCUCAUCCUAGAGACCUUUUGCAGCUAUAGGAUGGCUCUGUUUAUUGCCUUGGCCCAAGAGACACCAAAUAGUGAGGAGAAUGCAUCAUCACCAUAUGUUGAGGGGAAAGAGGGGAGGUAAAUGACUUCCUUCCCUGUUCUGGGCAUUGUCGGCCAAUUGGUGCCAAAGAAGGACAGAACUUUUUUUAUGUAUGCUACAACAGCAGCAAGAAUACUCAUUGCAAAGUAUUGGAAGACACAAGAUCUACCCACUUUGGAAGAAUGGCAGAUGAAGGUGAUGGACUAUAUGGAACUGGCGGAAAUGACUGGCAGAAUCCGAGACCAGGGAGAAGAGUCGGUGGAAGAAGAUUGGAAGAAAUUUAAAGCCUAUUUACAGAAAUAUUGUAAAAUUAAUGAAUGUUAGAAUGAUGUUGGAUAGAAAGUAAGUGGUUUCUAGCUGUAAUACUAUAAGGGAAUAUGAAAAAUGGAUUACUAACAGGUAAAAAUUUAACGUUACAAUAUUUUAAGAUUUAAGAUUUGGAUAAACAAAGAGGGGAAGGAUUUGCUGAACCAACAAACCGAACUGGAAUACAAAAAAGGGAGGCGUGAGGAGGUCCGGGAAAUAAGCUAAUGAAAAAUAAGUAAUGGAAAGAUUGAGUUGUUUUUAACUAUUUUUAUUUUGUAUUUUUCUUUUUUCUAUUUUUCUUUUGUAAUAUUUUGAAAAUUUCAAUAAAUAUUUUAUAUAAAAAAAGAAGAGAGAUUGGUGGGUGGUGAGGGCACAUCUGCAUGGUAGGGAACCAUUACCAAGCUUCUUGAAAUCUGAAACAAACUCCUGGGACAUUAAGUGCAGGAGAAACUAGUCCUUGGAAAAACAAGGAAUUUUUGAGAACCCAGCAAAAAGUAAAAAAAAAGUUUGGGCAAUAUGAGUGACCAUACCUCCAUAGGAGUGCCAUUAGAUGCUCUCUCCCUCCCCACCAGGAAAGAAGGAGUGAGUGAAGAUCUGCAACAGGAACAAGUGGGGAAUAAAGAUCUACAUCAGGAUCUGCUGCUCCUGUGGAUCCUGCUGCCUGAGGUGGUCACCUCACUUUGCCUCAUGGGUGGGCUGGCCCUGCUGCUUGGACCAUGUGAAGAGAUAUUUUGAGUAACAAAAACAACAACAAUUUUUUUAUUUGUACUCUUCUGACUAGGGUGCCUUAAAAAAACCAAAUCACCUUGGUUAGGACUAAUUUUGUUUGCUACAUUUGGAUUUCUUGUGCUGUUUGAUUGUUUUCAAUUACUUUUGACUUAGGAGAAUUGAAAUGUUAUAUAUUUGUAUAUAUGUAGAGAACUGGCUUUCUGCUGUCCUCCCCUGCCCAACGCAAUUCAUUUCAAGCUGUACUUAGCAAUUUCUUCCUGUGUUUCUUGCAGCUUGGUCAUGGACCUGUCCUCAGGCAUGGAGGCCCAGGCUCUCCUAGAAGACAUGUUGGAAAUCACGGCCCAGAGUUUGGUGCACAUGGAGGUGUCUGAGCACUACCACAUCAUCAAGGAGUUGGGCAAGGGGAAAUAUGGGCAGGUGGUGCUGGUGACUCACAGGAAGAGAGGUAAGGGUGGAUUGCCUUGUGUGCUCUGGCAACUCCACUCACCAACAGGCUGUUUAUGUUGAAAGGGCAACUAGGGAUGAGAAUACUUCAGUGGCCAGGUGUGCCACUGUUGCUGUUGGAGAAGGUUGGACCACUUGCCAUAACCAAUGGGUGUGGUAACAAUUUCAAAUUACUAUGUGUGAUCUGUGGUCAGCCAAUCAUGCACAGCAGUGGUCAUGGACAGAACUGGGCAUUUUUUUUAAAAAACCCCACUCUAUUCAGUCACUCGUUUCAUUCAUUUAUUAAACUUAUGAAUCACUUGUCACCUGAAGGUCCCCAAGUGGGUGACAAGACCUCUACUGUGGGCAUUUGGUGCGAAACAACUUAUCAUUGCCUGUGGAGGCAUUCACCUUUCAUCUCGUGACUGUAGAAAGAGUGCCCAAACAAUUUCAAACAAACCCCACAUAUCAAGUAACAUUCUUGACCCAGUCCUUAGUGGUUUCACUGAAGCCCAUUUUAAUGAAAAUAUCAUUGUGAAUGUAGUCCUUACAACUUGUCUUGCGCCUAAAAGAUUUAUGCACCCCAAAAAGCAUGAAUGGGACUGAUUCUUCCCAAUUUUGAAAUUCAGAAUUAACAGCAUAAUCCUACCCGCGUCUAUUCAUAAGAAAGUUAGGUAAAGGUAAAAGGACCCCUGACCAUUAUGUCCAAUCGUGACCGACUCUGGGGUUGCGGCACUCAUCUUGCUUUAUUGGCCGAGGAAGCCGGCGUACAGCUUCCGGGUCAUGUGGCCAGGAUGACUAAGCCGCUUCUGGUGAACCAGAGCAGCGCAUGGAAACACUGUUUACCUUCCUGCUGGAGCAGUACCUAUUUAUCUACUUGCACUUUGAGGUGCUUUCGAACUGCUAGGUUGGCAGGAGCACGGACCGAGCAACAGGAGCUCACCCCAUCGUGGGGAUUCAAACUGCCGACCUUCUGAUCGGCAAGUCCUAGGCUCUGUGGUUUAACCCACAUCAAAUGGGACUUACUCCCAGGUCAAUGGGGCUAAGAACCCCCUUCAAUGCAGGAAUUUUAUCUAAAGCAUCCAUGACAGUUGGCCAUCCAACCUCUGCUUAAUAACCGCCAAUGAAGGAGAGUCCAUUACCUUCCGAGGCAGUCUAUUCCACUGUCCAGCAGCGCUUACUGUCAGAAAGUUUUCCCUGAUGUUCUCCAAGAAUUCUCAGAGAUUAUAGACAGAGGAUUACACCCGCAAGCUCUUUUAGUAUGAUUGGGUGCAGCUCAUCAGGCUCUAGAUAGAUAGGAUGAGCUGCUGCAAAUCCCUGCUUUCUAAAUCCAAGUCUUGUUCAAGUGUUUGAAAGGGAACACCCUCAUAUCCUCACUGCCCCCUCAUUUUGUUGCUACUGCAAUUCCCCCUCUUCUAAUCCAUGUUUAGCUAUAAUGGUUGAACUCGUAUCUUAAUUAUCUCAUAUGUAUGAGUGCUGUAUGUUAAAGAGACUUCACCUUAAAGGUAAAGGUAAAGGUACCCCUGCCCGUACGGGCCAGUCUUGACAGACUCUAGGGUUGUGUGCUCAUCUCACUCUAGAGGCCGGGAGCCAGCGCUGUCCGCAGACACUUCCGGGUCACGUGGCCAGCAUGACAAAGCUGCUCUGGCGAGCCAGCGCAGCACACACGGAAAUGCCGUUUACCUUCCCGCUAGUAAGCGGUCCCUAUUUAUCUACUUGCACCCGGGGGUGCUUUCGAACUGCUAGGUUGGCAGGCACUGGGACCGAGCAACGGGAGCGCACCCCGCCGUGGGGAUUCGAACCGCCGACCAUGCGAUCGGCAAGUCCUAGGCGCUGAGGUUUUACCCACAGCGCCACCCGCGUCCCUCAUGUUAUGUUAAAGAGACUUCACCUUACUUGAUUUAAUUGAUAGAUGUAAUCCCUCUCCUCCCACUAUCCAACAGCAAUUGGAGUAACACUAUGUUUUAGUUGUCUGUUGUGGAAAUACAUUUACUGUUAUUAGAGUAGUAUUAUCUCAAUGUCUCAUUCACUUUUGCAUCUUUCAACCUCCCUCAGGGACCCCCAUGGCUCUCAAGUUGCUGCCAAAGGCGAGCACUAAACUGGAGAAUUUCUUGUAUGAAUACUGUGUGGCCCUCUCACUCUCCACACACCCUGCCAUCGUUGGAAUGUUUGGCAUCGCCAUAGAGUCCAGCCAGCACUAUGGUUUUCUCUAUGAGGCAGCCUUGCACAAGGACCUCAUCUCCAUCAUCAAGCCCAAGGUAAGGCGUAUACACGCACAUCCAAUGCAAAGCUUAGCUCCCAGCACCCCAUGCCUGGGUCUCCUUGGGAAGGAAGGGCAGGAUAAAAAUACAGUCAUACUUUGGAUCCGAAUGCCUUGGUACUCGGAUGUUUUGGCUCCCAAAUGUCGUAAACCCAGAAGUGAGUGUUCUGGUUUGCGAAUGUUCUUUGGAACCCGAAUGUCUGAUGGGGCUUCCGCGGCUUCCAAUUGGCUGCAGGAGCUUCUGAAUGUUUUUGGAAGUUGAACAGACUUCUGGAACAGAUUCUGUUCGACUUCCAAUGUAUGACUGUAUAAUGGAGGAAUGAAUAAUUGGCUUCAGCUAGGAAUUCUACCAACACAUACGUGGUUUUAUUUCUGAAAUCGUGAAAUGGCUGUUAGUUAAACAAAUUACAGCAGGAUUUCAAAACAAAAAAUCCAUAGAUUAAACAAAAGCAGUGGGGCAAAGCCUUUUGAAGCUUGCAGCUGAAUGUGUCUCGAGAUAUUUUAACAUGGGUUGAUGCGGUCAUGGUGGCAUCACAGAGAGAAAGGAAAUGUGAUGUUUAUUUUUAAAUGCCUGUUGAGAUUUUGUGGCUUUAUUCAAGAGCAGAAAAGGGCUUGUGUUUCAGUGGCAGAGCCUAAACGCUUAUGAGGAAGUGAGGAGACCCGACAUGAUAAAAACACAUGCCUUUCUCUUCUCUGACCAGGCUGGCAUCCCUGAGCCAGCAGCCAAGCUCUGUGCCAAACAGCUGGUGAGUGCACUGGACUUCAUCCACAGCCGGGGCCUUGUCUAUCGAGAUGUCAAGCCUGAGAACAUCCUCCUUUUCGAUCGCCAUUGCCACUGCAUCAAACUGACAGAUUUCGGCUUGACGCGGCCCCAGGGCACCCUUCUGCGCCUGGUGGUUGGGAUCAUCCCUUACACUGCACCUGAGCUGAGCCGUGGCACUGGCGACUCCCCAGGCCUGCCCAUUGAUGCCAGCCUGGAUGCCUGGGCCCUUGGAGUGCUGAUCUUCUGCCUGCUCACCGGCUACUUCCCUUGGGAGAAGACGUUGCCUGAGGAUUCCUUCUUUGAUGACUUUGUGAUAUGGCAACAGUCCGGCCUAGACGAAGACUUGCCAUAUCACUGGCGCCCUCUGUCGCCAGAUGCCGUCGCCAUGUUGCGGAGCCUCCUGGCUCUGGAGCCCACAAAGCGCGGUCCCAUCCGCCGGGUACUCAGCUACCUUGACCGGCCAUGGCGAGCAGAAGUGGCGGCCAAAGACCCCUAG